UUCUUCCAGAUUUCACCCAUGCAACAUGAAGGUCAACCAGACAAUCCUUGAAGAGUUCAUUCUUGUUGGUUUCUCCUUGUACCCACAUGUGCAGAGAUUCCUCUUUGUGGCCUUCUUUGCCCUCUACCUUCUCACCCUCGCAGGUAACCUGGCCAUCCUGGGACUCACUUGGGUGGACAGAUCUCUCCACACCCCUAUGUACCUCUUCCUCCGCGCCCUCUCUUUCUCUGAGACCUGCUACACACUGACCAUCAUCCCCAAGAUGCUGGCAGAUCUGUUGACUGGGAACAGAAACAUUUCGGUCACGGGAUGUGGCUUGCAGAUGUGUUUCUUCUUGGGACUUGGUGGCACUAACUGUAUCAUCCUCACUUUGAUGGGAUAUGAUCGCUUUCUGGCCAUCUGCAACCCUCUCAGAUAUCCACUGCUGAUGACCAAUGCGGUGUGUGGGCAACUGGUGGUCUCUGCCUGGGCUGGAGGCUUCCUUAUUUCUGUGACAGAGACUGCACUGAUAUUCAAGGGCUCUUUCUGCAACCCCAACCUCAUCCAUCACUUCUUCUGCCAGAUGCAGUUGGUGGUGCGGUUAUCCUGUCUCAACAGUGACCUCACAGAAAUCAUUGUUACACUGAUGUCAGUGUCAGGGUUGACAGGCACCUUCUUGCUCAUCAUCAUCACUUAUGUAUUCAUUCUUUCCACUGUCUUCAGGAUCCCUUCAGCCGAGGGCAAGCAGAAGGCCUUUUCUACCUGCGCCUCUCAUCUCACUGUGGUCAUCGUCCACUUUGGUUUUGCAGCUAUUGACUAUCUGAAGCCAGAAGCCUCGGGAGGAGAUGACACAUUCAUUGCUGUCCCUUACACUAUCAUUACUCCAUUCCUCAGCCCCCUCAUUUUUAGUCUCAGGAAUAGGGACAUGAAGAAUGCAUUCAGAAAGCUGCUUGCAAAGAGUUUUCUCAAUCCUUAA